UGCUGCGCUCUGCGGCUAAAUGAAUAUCAGUCCACCGUUGAACGUCGACGGGUUUGUACACUUCUUAUCGUAUUAAAGUAUAAUAAUACAUACUUUUAACAAUAACUGUGGCACUGUUUUAUUUAACUGAUCUUGCUCGUUGUCAAAAAACAUUGAACAUUUAAAAUUUUUAUUAAACUGCGGCGUUAUUAUUUUAUCGUUUAAAAGUUUGUCUAUGUAAAUAAUAACAUUUAUCAAUAUUUAUAAUAAAAAUAAAAAUUAAACCAUCAGCUAAAUGGUAAAUAAAAAUGUACUGUCCAGCUGUUGUUGCUGUUAUUAAUCGUGGGUUCAGACGUAUGUAACUCAGCAAGAGAAUAUUGCAGCAGCAGCAAUAGUUGGAGCAGCAGCAGUGGCUGCUCGAGGGUUUAUAUCAGAAGCAGCUAACGGUUACAAGAGUGAAGAGAAAUUGAAGGCUGAAGAGUAUAUAAGAGGGUAAGCGAGACAGAGGGACAGAGACGGAUAUUGUUGAGAUAUAUAUUGAGAGCAAGUGAAAGAAAAAAGAAGCGGGUGCUUGGUCAGACCUAUUGUGCCGUAUGACCUGGAUGGCAGUGCGUCAGCUAUUGGCGUGAGGGUUUUUUCGAGGUACCAUGUCGACAAUUUACAAUGUCGCGAGCAAAAGUAAUGCAUUAUUACCUUGACUGUUUGUCAAUAAGUAAUCGGUGGUACGACGAUCACCAGGACGAUCAUCAGGACGAUCACUAUCUCCAAUGUCGUGCCAAUAAGUCGACUGUUAGCACCAGCAGCGUUAUCAGCGGCAGCAGCAUCAGCAAUUGGAUUAAAAAACGAAAUAACAGAAUAAAGACGCGGGCAGCGACUGAAAUUUUGCCGGGAGUGUUGUAUCAUUGUUGUUAGUCACGUGUCUAGCUAGCUAGCAUUUGUCUCUACAUAUACAGAGAUUUGGCUACGUGAAAAUGUUUAACGUGUUUGUUAACGCUCAUUCAACACUUUUACUCUUCUUAAAUUUCUUCUUAAACUUCUUAAACUACUAUAACUUCUAUUACUACUACUUAUCAUUAUUACUGCUAACGUUAUCCUCAUCAAACUUGUUAUCAUCAUCCUCAGCUUCAGUAUCAGCAUCAGUAUCGUCAUCGUACUCUUUUUCGUUGUUGUCACUGUCUGAGAGAUUGCACGCUCGAAACAAUAUUGAGCGGCACUCAUUCUAGGGAAUCCUGUGUGUUAUAAGGUGACCACGUGACAACAACAUCUAUUCACAACGGGGCCUUUUUCUCACGCGACGUUAAAUCCCAAGGGAAACAAUGACGAAACGUUAUUGGAUCCUUUUAGCGGUAAUCGCCCUUACCGCAACGGGGCUGGUAAGUGGUGGUGUUCAUGAGAAGCGGCUGUUAAACGACUUGCUGGAUAACUACAACGUAUUGGAGCGACCGGUGUUUAACGAGUCUGAGCCUCUACCGUUGAGCUUCGGCCUCACACUAAUGCAAAUAAUCGACGUUGACGAGAAGAAUCAGUUACUUAUCACCAAUUUGUGGCUAAAGCUGGAAUGGAAUGACGUCAACAUGAGGUGGAAUGUCUCGCAAUACGGUGGGGUAAAAGACCUUAGAAUUCCGCCUCACAGAUUAUGGAAGCCCGACGUUCUUAUGUACAACAGCGCUGAUGAAGGAUUCGACGGAACUUAUCCAACAAAUGUUGUUGUUAAGGAAAAUGGAACUUGUCUUUACGUACCACCGGGUAUAUUCAAAAGUACCUGCAAAAUAGAUAUCACAUGGUUCCCAUUUGACGAUCAGCGUUGCGAGAUGAAAUUCGGCUCCUGGACUUACGACGGUUUUCAGUUGGAUCUUCAGCUACAGGACGAAUCUGGCGGGGAUAUAAGCAGUUUCAUUACCAACGGCGAGUGGGAUUUGUUGGGCGUGCCUGGCAAGAGAAAUGUCAUCUACUACAACUGCUGCCCAGAACCCUACAUAGAUAUAACAUUUGUGGUUAUCAUAAGGAGACGAACACUUUAUUACUUCUUCAAUCUGAUUGUACCGUGCGUUCUUAUUGCCAGUAUGGCUGUCUUAGGAUUUACUUUACCACCUGAUUCUGGUGAAAAGCUAUCUCUCGGGGUAACUAUUCUCCUGUCUCUUACUGUGUUCUUGAACAUGGUUGCCGAGACAAUGCCAGCAACGUCCGACGCUGUGCCAUUAUUAGGAACAUACUUCAAUUGUAUCAUGUUUAUGGUUGCCAGCAGUGUGGUCAGCACUAUUCUCAUAUUGAAUUAUCACCACCGUAAUUCUGACACUCACGAAAUGUCUGAAUGGGUACGGAUAUUGUUCUUAAAAUGGCUGCCUUGUUUCCUCCGCAUGUCGAGGCCUGCAGACAAAGAAGACAAAGACGGUCAGAAAUCACAAAAACCAUCUCCAGUAACUGGUCCAACAAAAGGAUAUGGAGAUCUGGAGCUUCCACAAAGAAGCAGCAAAUCAUUGCUCGCAAAUGUGUUAGACCUUGAAGACAAUGCACUGGCGACCCACAAUAAUAUGUUAAACAACGUGUACAGUACGCCAGGUCCUCAUCAUCACAUAGGUCAUGGUCACAGUCAUAUGCACACAGCAGCGUCCCAGACACCACAUCAUCAUCACAGUCACACACCUGCGCCAACGCCACAUCAUCAGCAUUCGACGCCGCUGCCACAUUCUUCAUAUCCACAUCAAAUAAGUCACACACCGCAUCAUCAUCAGCAUCCACAAGACGGCGGCCCGCCGCAGGUUGAAACGAUAUUACAAAAUACUUGUUUAUGCUCACGCUAUGAGCUCGUUCUCAUUUUAAAGGAAAUUAAGAUAAUAACCGAUCAAUUAAAAGAUAACGACGAGCAAACAAAAAUAACAAACGACUGGAAGUUUGCAGCGAUGGUGAUUGACAGGAUGUGCCUAAUCAUUUUUACACUGUUCACCAUUAUUGCCACAAUCACCGUCCUAUUCUCGGCGCCUCACAUUAUCGUCACGUGAUUUAGGAAAAAGCAAGCUCGCCACACCGUGGAGACGCUGAGCAUUACUAUACGCCAUCAUCAUCAUCAUCAUUAUCAUCAUCAGGAUCAUCAGCAUCACCAUCAUCACCAUUCACAUUUAUUACGACUAUUGGUUGUUACGGGUGGUUGUUGUUGUCACACUUGUGCUACAAUCGCACAAUCAUAUUUAAUGCUUGUAAAAUUGAAACUCAAUAAUAUAAUAACUUUUUUUCCCAACGCGGGUUAAAAAUUUUAUAUAACUAAACAGAAACAAUGUCCCAGAAUCCAAUACGGCACACUUUUUUUUUACUAUCGUUCCCAUUUAGUCUUUUA